GAGAGCCUUGUGGGUGUGUGCUGAGCCGUCUCAGCCAUGAGGGAGCCGCUCACAGUCAUCAGGGCAGUAAUGCAUUAGCAGCACCUCAGCAGCUUUACUGGAGAUACUGUACUGAUUUCCCCUGGAUCCAUCCCGCCUCUGUGGACUGCGAGUCUAAACGGAAUAAUCUUACGGACAUGCCUGUGAAGAACCACUGUGUUGAUCCAGCUCUUCAGACCUUUGACAACAGGUGACAAUCAAGGUGGCUGGACCUCUUCAAUGGAGACUACGACGGACAGUCGGGUCCCCAGAAUUCUACAAGAUCAUACGAACCUCAGUGCGACAACUUACUUUAACAUAUCCAUUCCCUUCCACCAUCACAUGAACAAUGCAGUGCUGGGAAUUCUCCUAGGAACGCUGUCUCUGCUGACAGUCAUCAUGAACGUCCUGGUUCUGUUGGCUGUGAGAAAGGAACGUACUCUGCACACGGUUGGAAACCUUUACAUCGUCAGUCUCUCUCUGGCGGAUCUUAUUGUUGGGGCAACCGUGAUGCCAUUGAACAUAGUCUACUUGCUUGAGGACGAGUGGAAGCUGGGACGUGUCGUGUGCCAGUUCUGGUUGGUCAUGGACUACGUAGCUAGUACAGCCUCCAUCUUCAGCUUAUUCAUUCUCUGCUUGGACAGGUAUCGAUCUGUUCGGCAGCCGCUGAGGUACUUGAAAUACCGAACCCGUGGAAGGGCGACGCUGAUGAUCUGUGGGGCAUGGUUGCUCUCCAUGACGUGGAUCAUUCCCAUUCUGGGCUGGCGGUUGUUCACCCACGUUGAGAGGAAACCAGAGCUGGAGAGCAAGUGCGACACAGACUUUCGCUUUGUGACCUGGUUCAAAGUUCUGACCGCCAUCCUCAACUUUUACAUCCCGUCCUUUCUGAUGCUCUUUUUCUACUCCCAGAUUUUCAUAGCAGUGCGAGAACACUACAAACAGUGGGAGAGCCUCACUUGUCCCAGAGUUCCACCAGAUCAAGACGGAACCGUACAAAACUCAGAUCCAUUGCAAAGAGCUUUCUACAAACCCUCAGAGAAGGAGAAUCUAGCUCUGCAAGUGACUUAUGCUAAAAACGAAGGCAUCUUGGAUCAGUACACUCUGGAACUGCCGAUUAACUCAAAAGACACUAAUGAGGAGGUUGGUGAAUUGUCGGCUGAUAAAAAACUCAAAAAACGCAAAACCUCCUUUUUUAAUAUCACAAAACACAAGAGGAAAACUUUCAGGGAAGCAAAUGAGAUUUCCUCCAUGAGCCAGGAGGAGGACAUUGACAAUGAGGCGGCAGCCCAAAAAGAGCCAUCUUUACCUCUGAGGUUUUUGCAGUGUGAGGAGAACGAUGAGCUCAAAAUGUUCGUAUCCGUCAACGACUGCAACGUACUGGUGCCAAAUUCUGUCGCUAAUAUUUGCGAGAUAACACCCACCACUGAUGUUCACAAGUACACCACUGUUCUGUGCAACGACGAUGCUGCACAGUCACCUACGUCACCGUGGGCGCAUGCCAGCAGCCCACCAAUAGACACUGGCAACGCUCUUACUCUGAAGCAGACGUGGCAGAAGUUCUGUGAACAGUCCAGACAGUGUGUCCAGAACAUGCGGGUUCACAAGGAGCGGAAAGCUGCGAGGCAGCUCGGCUUCAUUAUCACCGUUUUCAUGGUGUGUUGGAUCCCCUAUUUCAUCACUUUCAUGGUCAUGUCUCUGUGUGACGCCUGCGUUCACCAUGACCUCCACAUGUUCACCAUUUGGUUGGGAUACAUUAACUCCACCCUGAACCCUUUUAUCUACCCGCUCUGCAACGAGAACUUCAAGAGAGUAUUCAAAAAGAUAUUCAGAAUCAAAUCCUGACAUUGCCCAGCCCUUCAGCCCGCAGCCGCCGUGCGUCUGUGUAAACACAAUUUGUACCGAGUUCUGGACCGAGUGUUUAUGAUGGCCUCGUGGCCUCUGAGCUUCUUUGUUGGCCCGUUGUGUUGCAGAACACCUGCAGUGUGUUGAUGAUGAUGUGCGUUUUUUUGUGCGUUGGCUUCAGAGAUAUCGUGUCCUUGGUUUUCAACAGUGUUAUUGUGCUUUUUUUUUACUGUCACUCGACAUUUUUUUUUGUAAUCUGCAUCAGAUUAAACUUUUUACCAUUCGUUUGUUUUUAAUGUAAAUACACGGUAAAGGUGUCCAAUAAAGUUCGGCUGGUUUCGUUGGCACUGGGA